AUGGAGACGAUGCGGGCGCAGCGAUUGCAGCCCGGGGUGGGCACGGGCGGGAGAGGCACCCUGAGAGCCUUGCGGCCCGGGGUGACCGGGUCCGCAUCUGCCACCGCCACACCCCCGGCGGGCCACCCGCCGGCCCCGCCGCCUCCCGCACCGCCCCCGCCGCCCCUUCUCCUGUCGGGGGCCUCCGGGCUGCAGCUGCCCCCGGGCGCGGCGGGGAGCCCCGCGGUGCUGCGGGAGGCCGUGGAGGCCGUGGUGAGGAGCUUCGCCAAGCACACGCAGGGCUACGGCCGAGUGAAUGUGGUGGAGGCCCUUCAGGAAUUCUGGCAGAUGAAACAGUCUCGGGGUGCCGACCUGAAGAACGGGGCUCUGGUAGUCUAUGAAAUGGUCCCCUCCAGCAGCCCUCCCUAUGUCUGCUACGUCACCCUGCCUGGAGGCAGCUGCUUUGGGAGUUUCCAGUUUUGCCCAACAAAAGCUGAAGCUCGCCGGAGUGCUGCAAAGAUUGCCCUCAUGAACUCCGUGUUUAAUGAGCACCCUUCUCGAAGAAUCACUGAUGAAUUCAUUGAGAAGAGUGUCUCGGAGGCGCUGGCAUCGUUCAAUGGCAACAGGGAGGAAGCUGACAACCCCAAUACAGGGAUCGGUGCCUUCCGAUUCAUGUUGGAAUCCAACAAGGGCAAAUCAAUGCUGGAAUUCCAGGAACUCAUGACCGUUUUCCAGCUGCUGCACUGGAAUGGCAGCCUCAAGGCCAUGCGGGAAAGGCAGUGCUCUCGACAGGAAGUGUUGGCACACUAUUCUCACCGGGCCCUGGAUGAUGACAUUCGCCAUCAAAUGGCACUGGACUGGGUGAGCCGGGAGCAGAGUGUGCCUGGAGCACUGUCAAGAGAGUUGGCGGCCACCGAGCAGGAGCUGGAUGAAGCCCGGCUGGCAGGCAAGGAGCUGCGCUUCCAUAAGGAAAAGAAAGAUAUUCUCACACUGGCUGCUGGGCAGCUGGGCAACGUGCACCCUUCCAACUGCUAGGCCUCCUCUGCCACACUCCCUUGCCCCCUGGGCCCUUUUCAUAGGUCCUUUCUGAGACUUAGUGUGAUUUCUGUACAGACGUCCUCAAUUUUAUACUUUUAAGAUAUAGAAAUCUCUAUUAUGUACAAACCUGACCCCUGGAUCCUGUUUGCUGAGAGAUUCCUUUUCUUAUUUCUAGUCUCUGAAUGUAGUUUCAUUUGAAACAGCUCCAUUCCACUUUACAAGAAGGACAGACUGGAGCUUCACUGCCUUUUGCACUCCUGGCAUCUGGGUUGUCAUUUCAGUAGCACAAAAUGACUGGCCAAGCAUUCACAGACGCCUUCCAGAAUAACACGGUGCUUAUCUCUGUGCCCCACCUGAUCCCAUUCUUCCUUUCUCUGGGACCCAAACAACUUGUGAGAAUGAAGCUUUUUGCAGUCUUUGGCUUCUCUUGAGCUAAAUAAGCUCACCACCAAGUCAUUCUUCCAAUAUUAUAAUAUAUUAUGUAUUAUAAGAAUAUUAUAGAUAUUUCCUCACUAACACCACCCCACCUCACCACCAGCUUGCAUUUGUCCCCAAAUGGUUUUUUGUUUGUUUGUUUUUUUGGUCCACACCUGGAGGUGCUCAGGGGUUACUCCUGGCUCUGUGCUCAGAAAUUGCUCCUGGCAGGCUCAGGGGACCAUAAUGGAUGUCCCAAGUCAGCCGCAUGCAAGGCAAAUGCCCUACCACUGUGCCAUCACUCUGGCCCCUCCAAAUGGUAUUUUACUUUAAGGUUUUUGUAUCUUAUUAUUUAGAAGAGAUUAAAAUAAUAAUAAUAAUUCAUGAGAAAUUGCCCAGGAACAAGAGGAAUUAAAAUACAUAAGUUCAUAGAUGCAUAUCACUUAAAGUGCUUUGGGGUACAGCUACCCAGGGAGGCAUUCAGAUUUCCAGAUAUAUUCUUUAUGAUGAAAGGGGCCAGGUAGAAAUUGUUUCUCUUUCUCUGGUUCCUUUUGUCUCUGACUCGCAGUCUCACAGAGUUUAGUUAAGCUAAACUGCCUGCAGAGAUCUGGAGGAAGUAUGACAUAUUUGCUUCCUUUCUUCCCUCCCAUAAUUUUGCUCUCUGGAACCAUGAUAUUUUUUGGUGAGGACACAGUCUCUCACUCCCACAGAGUUGCUGCUGUUUACUAUCUGAGAUAUACAUACCUUAGAUUCCCACGUGUUUGCUCUUUCAUUUUCUUUCACAAUUGACCUUUUUUUUUUCUCCCUCUUUUUUAUUGAGUUGCUUUGCAAACCUCACACACGCAAAGCAUAUGCUCUACUCCUGAGCCUUCACAUUAUUAAAACAUGAAUUGUUCCAGGAGAGUAGAUGACACUGGGACAUUCUAGGACUUCUGAUUGGAACUCCGGGAGACUGUUGGAGGAGAAGGAAAAUGAGUACUCAGCAGUUUGUGGUAUUCAUUAUUUCUCAUCUCCCCACUUCUCUCCUGGGUGAAACAGAAGAGAAAUGGUAUAAAGCACAGCUAAAGUAUUCCUCUUGUGGGGGGAUUUUUUAAAAUAACAUGAAUAUUUCCCUCCUGUUUCUGUAAUCUUUAUAUCUUAUAUUAUAGUUCAGUGCACUUUCCAAACUGAGCUCAAGAGUAUAAUGCUCCUGCAAUUACUUGCCAUUUAAUGAUUAUACACUUUGCUUUUAGAAAUAUAUUAGGAAACAGGCCACAUGUGUUCUUUUGGAUCAUAAAGGGACUAAUUAAAGUCAGCUUACUUGCUUUAAGACGUCAUCUUGUUGGGAUCAUAAGUAAGAAAUCCUACAAAUUGUGCGUUAAAGGGGCUUCCCUGAACUCUCCGAACCUCACUGCAUUAUUUUGUGAAGUACACGCAGGCCUGAGUACAAGCUCCUGCAUGAGUAAUAGAUGUGUUUAUUUUGUUUUUAUUGGUAUUAAUCAUUCAAAAAAUAUGUUCUCCUGUACUCCUUUCUCUGGGAAGCACUCAGGGAUAUGAGUCGUAGGAAGUUUUCUGUGAACCUCUGGGUUUACUCUUUUUCUCAAAUACUAACCAGUAAGGUCCCAAAGAACUCAAGAAAAACUGUUUCCUGAUCUGUUCACUUUGGUGUUAAAAUUUUUACUUACUUUUUAGUACUUUCUAUGUAUUUUAUAUAUAUAAUUUUAUACAAUUAAAGUAGAUUUUGUCUAGUGA